CACGGAAUAACGUGAAGGGGCAGGGGGAAAAAAACUUGGAUGCAAGUUGGAGUCGGACGACCAUCCACGGAUCUUCUGCAAUACCUCCACCUUGUCAUGCCGAACACACGCAAAACCAAAAGAAAGCAGCACACCGCACCAGAGGAGAACCCUGCAUUGUUGAUCCAGUCUGACAAUGACCAGGUGAUCCAGUCUGACAAUGAUGUAUUUGUAGGUAAAGAGAUUCAACAAAAUGCACCAACAAAAGCACCAACAAAGGCACCAACCAUAGCAAAGUUAAAGGGUGACUUUCAAAAAUUAAAAGGGGAGAACCAGCUACUGAAGGAAGAAAUCCGUCUCUUGAAAGAGGAGAACCGAUUCCUAAAAGAGCAGCGUGACUUCAACCAAGAGAAGGCUCUCCACACAGAGGUUGGCCACACAACAUCAAAAGGGCAACGCAAAAUGAGGAAUGGGGAUUCCUCUGACUCUUCUGACUCAGAUGACUCUUAUGAGGAUCGGAAGAGGAAAUGUAAGAAGAAACACAAAAAACACGGGUCUUCAGACUCCUCUGAUGAUGACUGGAAGAAGAGCAAAUCCAAAAAACCCUCAUCAUUUGGAAAGAGAGUUCUGAGCCCAGAGGACGUUGUCCACCGCUACAAAGCGGUCCUAAAAGUCUUCAGGCGAAACCGCAGCAUGACCAACACCUGUGAAGAACUCGGAGUGGACAGGAACACCAUUGCAGGGACUGCAGUCAUUGCAGAUGUCAUGAUAGCCACAGAGGGCACAGACUUUGGGGAGCUGCCCCUCUUCAAAGAAAAACAGACUUUAGCGAACUACGCAAAAUUAUGCAAGGCAUUUGUAGAUGCCAACAGACCUCUGCAGGAAAAAAAUUGAAAAAAUGAGGAAGGCCACAGAGCUGCUCCCUAUCAAAUAUAAAAUGCCAAAGUGAGGGAUCAAGCUCUAAAGUGCAGUAAUUUCAAUGUCGUUUAAAAAAAAUUACAUUUAUUUUAUUACUGCACUGUCUUUUUGUUUUAUCUGGUGGGGAUUCAACCAAAUUUCUUGUAUCCAAAAACCUUUUAGUGGGUAGUUGGACCCUGGUUUCUUUUCUCCAAAGAUCUUUUUGCCCCUAGAGUUUGAUAUCGUUCAAUAACCGUUGACUAGCCACUCCCUGCCAUUUCCACUAGGAUGUUGUCAGCCUUACUCGUUUUAUUUUGUAGUAGGCAUUGUCAGUUUGCAUUUUGGAUCAGCAAAGUUUUAUUUUGUUACGAUUAUUUCUACCUCUUCUGACCCUGACACUUUUUUUGGUGUUAGAUUCCAUACAAGAUGCAACUGCACUUUGCAGUUUUUUGCACUUUUUUAUAACAUGUUCUACUUGUUUUGAAAUAUAAGCAUACUUGAAAGCUAUGCCACUGUUUUGCACUUUAAGAGUAUUGAAGUUACUCUCUUCAAGUUCACUGUUUUGCAGAUU